CGUUUGAACAGCUUUGCUGACACUCACGUCUUCACACUCGAACUGGAGCAGACGCAGGUGCGUGCUACUGCUACUCCCCGACCACGAGCAUUAGCAGCGUCAGUAGCGACUUGUCCCCCACUUCCGCUAGCCGACAGAGACGAGCAAGAAUGGCCAACCGCAACGCACAAGAACUGGCGGAGAACGUUUUAUCGCUCUACGACGUGAGCUCCAACCGCGACGCCACUAUAGCCAAGUAUUAUCUGCCGGACGCCGUUUUCACGGACCCUAUCGUGUCUGUGCGGGGCGUGGACAACAUCCAGGCGCAGUUCCGCGUCCUGUCCAAGUUCAUCAAGUCCAGCAAGGCCACGCUCGUGCGCGGCUCCAUGGCCGGCGCCACUGUUCUCACUAUCGACAGCUCCAUGGUCUACCGUCUCAAGCCCUUCCCGAGCUUUAUGAAGAUCGUGCUGCGUGUCUUCUCCGUGCUGGAGCUCAAAAAUGGCCGCAUCGCGUCGCACACGGACCACUACGACUUCUACUCGGUGCUGGCCAACGUCCCGUUCGUUGCCUUCUUCUACGCACAGUUCCGCCCCAUGUUCGGCGCCGCUAGCUCGGCCGUGAUCAAGCGCCUCGUGCCGCCGCAGACCAAGCCGGCCAUUUCGGCCAACAAGACUGCAGCAUCUGCCGCCAACGGAAACGGCGUGGCGACGGCAGUGGCCACGUAAAGGCGGACGGUCAUCAGAGGACAGUCGGACGACGGACUCUCCGGUCCCUUUUUGGCUGAAAAGUUUGGCUGCGAUGGAGCGACGGACGUCGUAGUCGAGUGAUAUAUUGUUUAACAGCGUGGCCUAAGAAGAAGAAGAAGAGAGUGAAGCAGACACAGCUGCGCUAUAAAUCUCAAGUGAUUUUCAUUUUGAAA